AUUUGUCUUUUUUUCAGUCAAUUGAUUUAUUUAUACUCACAGUUACCUUUCCACCAUGGCUCUCAGCGAUGUGGACGUUCAGAAACAGAUCAAGCACAUGAUGGCCUUCAUUGAACAAGAAGCCACUGAGAAAGCCGAAGAAGUUGAUGCAAAAGCCGAGGAAGAGUUCAAUGUUGAAAAGGGACGACUUGUCCAAUCCCAACGCGUCAAAAUCAUGGAAUACUUUGAUCGCAAAGAAAAACAAGUUGAGAUGCAGAAAAAGAUUCAAGCAUCCAACAUGUUGAACCAGGCCCGUCUGAAGGUCUUGAAAGAGCAAGAGGAAAAGUUGGACAAACUCAUUGACGAAACCAGGCGUCGUCUGACCACAGUCACCAAGAGCGCGGACAAAUACGCCAAACUCUUGCAAUUGCUCAUUGCCCAAGGCGUUUUCCAGCUGCUCGAGCCGCAUCUCGUCGUCAGGUGCCGCAAAGAGGACUUGCAUCUAGUCCGGGAUGCUGUCAAAGGAGCUUUGGAGCACUACACCAACAUCACGGAUCGUCGUUGCGAGAUCAAAAUUGACGAGGAGAAUUUCUUGUCGCCUCAAGUAGCUGGUGGCGUGGAAAUGCUGAUUCCAAAUAGCAAGAUCAAGAUUGUCAACACACUCGAGUCUCGUCUGGCUAUGAUCACUUCCCAACUCCUUCCCGAAAUUCGCGUGCGUUUAUUCGGCCGCAAUCCGGGACGCAAAUUCUUGGAUUAAGUUAUUUAAGAAAAAAAUAAUAAUCAUUGACGAUAAACUGAAACCGUAAUAAUUUAUCCCGCGGAUAACUUUCCGAGUCUCCUCCAAUGCAAGUCAAUUAUUUGGGUUCUUCAAUCACCCCUUGUUUCCCCAAAACAAAUUGAAAAAAAAAAUAUAUAUAUAUAUUUCACUCUUCAUAUUCUCAAGUCAGAAAAAAACUUAAUUAUGUUGGGAAAACCUUUGAAAUGUUGAAUUCCAAGAAGCUGAACUCGGCAUUUAAAAAAUCCUGAAAUUUUUUCAAAACAGAAUAAAAGCAUGUCAAAUAAGUGUAAAAAUGGAGGUAUUGCAUAAAUUUUUUUUUUCAGAAAUCACAACCCAAUUUCAAAGUAUCCUCCACAGAGUUGAAGAAAAAAAUUCCCUAAUUUCAAAUAGCUAUCAAAAGUUUAAAAAAAAUGGAGUAUUCAUGCUGAUAAGCUUCUUCCAGGUUAAAUUCCUGGCAAUAGUUGCCAACUUCAAUUCUUUCAAAAUGCAAUAUUGUACCAUAUUUCCUGUAAAUUUCAUUGAAAUGUUGGUAGGGGGUUAUUUUGUGCUUGGGACACAGUUUUGGGGAAACAUGGAAUAUACAUGCUGUCCUUCUGAUUUGACUGAAUAUAUGUCUUUAGAAUAAAAGUUGAGCAGUUUUUUUGCUAUGCUGAACCAACAGGUUGUCUUUUGUUUGUUUUAAAAACAUGCAUCACUUUCUUGAAAAUUCUUCAGUAUAACAGGUCAAAUAUGCAAAAAGCGUUUUGGAUAUUUUGUGUGUGUAGUUGUGAGUAAAACAGUGGAAGUGAAUCUGUCUGAAUUUUUUCCUGUACUGUAUUAUGCAUUUUGAGACUUCACUCUUGGACAUAUACAUUAUUUGACUUGAUGGGUGUUUUCAAUGUGUACAAUCCUGAAACAUUGAAGAUUGAAAAUGCAGAAGUAGUUUUGUGUGGGUUUCAA